CGGCGGCGGCGGGCGGCUCCUCAUGGAGAGGCGCGCGCUGCCGGCACCUGUUGUGCUGCGGCGACUCCUUUUGCCCUCAUUCUCUCUGUGUCUCUGUCGCCACCCGCCCUGGGUACGGACGAUGCGCGCCGUGGUGCUGAUGGCCGCGCUGGCCGUGCUGGCAGCGAACCGUGCGGCCGCCGGGUCCUCGCCCAACGCCACGGAGCCGCAGCGGCACGAGGAGCGGGAGGCCGGGAGCCCUGAGGGCGAGCCCGUGCCGGGUCCUGACUAUGAGGAGGAUGAGGAGGAGUAUGAGGAGGCGCCGCCCGUCCACCAGUACAUCGUGGACGACUUGAUCCGAGUUGAACCUGUGGUUAAACCCAAGCCAGCAAAGAGAGGGGGAGAGAAGAAUGCUGGCAAGUCAAGAAGAAAGAAGAACAGAGGGAAAAACAAGAAGAAAGGGACUCCCUGUGAAAUGGAAUACAAAAACUUUUGCAUCCAUGGAGAAUGCAUUUACCUAGAACAUCUCCAGAUGGUGACCUGCAAGUGUCAUCAGGAUUUUUUUGGUGAGCGCUGUGGUGAACAGUUCAUGAAGACUCAAAGGAAGAAUGAUGUGGCAGACUACUCAAAGACUGUGCUGGUAGUGGUAGCUGUGCUGCUCUCGAGCGUCAGCUUCAUUACUGUACUUAUCAUUGUGAUAGUGCAGGUCAGGAAAAAGUGUCCUCAGUAUGAAGAGAAAGAAGAAAGGAAAAAACUGCGACAAGAAAACAGAAAUGGCAAUGUUGGUGUGUAAAUGGGGAGGAAGCAGAGCAAUUCUGAAGUGGCCAUGGCCAAGCUGCAGGGUACCUCUGGCUACCUGUCACAUUCACCUGGACACUGUGGGCUGGAGCUGUUGCCACUAAGCCCUGAUUCAUCCAGAGAGGCUGCUGCAAGGAGAUGUCAACAGGCCACUUACUGCUGAAUCACUUGCUGAGGACACCAGUUAUCACUGCAUCUUGGCACAACGAUGUAGAAGGAGCUGGCUCGUUGGGGGACAGUACCUGCUGUCAAGACCUGCUGGAGACUACUGCUGCUAAGCCUUCUCUCUCUGCGCUAGAGCUCCGGUCUC